UCAUUCUCAGAAGUGUGGAGAAGUGUGUAUGUUGAAGAUUAUACUGUGAUGAAAAUAUCAGGUUGUGUGGCGUUAGUGACAGGUGGAGCUUCAGGGAUAGGACGUGGACUUUGUGACGUACUGCUGCAGCGUAACGCCAAGGUAAACUUAUUUAUUUCGUUGGAUAACCGCGAGCGAAUGAAGCAGGGCUACGUACGAACUUUUGGCGAAAGUUGCCUGAAGUCUCUGCUUCAAAGCGGGGCUAACUACGAAGCAAUUGAUUUGAAAAUGAUAUUUUAUUUAUUUUUCCCAUGCAAAUGAAACUCAUUUUCACAAGAAAGGUUUUGCAUUUAGCAAAUGGCCUAUUCACCAAUGCUAUGUGGCAAAAGUCAAUUAUAUGAUAUGGAUAUCCGAUCUAGCUGGUAGUGAUAGUGACUUGUACUGUUAAAUGGCGAAAUUACGGAUUCCUUGUGUUUAAAGCUAAGACUUUCAGUCUUGUUAAAAUCGGGCAUUGCAAGUUCUAGCUCCCGUCCCUCCUCCCUGGGGGAACUGCCCUAAGUUUUGCAUCAGAGUGCCCCCCCCCCCCCCCCCAUGAUAACAAGCUGGCUCUUGCAAAACUGGCAUCAAGUAGUAGCAUGGUUCUCAAAUAAAGAAAACAGCCUUACCCAGGGGCAUACCAAGCCUUUUUGCAUUCUGAAUGGGGUGGGGAGGGGAGAGUUGACUUCCUUAAAUCAUCAAUUUUGAUUGAUUUUUGUAAGCAAGUGAUCCAUUUUAUCAAUUUUCAUCAAACAAAUUUCCAUAACUUAAUGUAUAGAUUUAGCUGGGGCUAAAAGUGAAGCUCUGGUUAAUAUACUUAUGAACAAAAAAACUAAAACGGUGUAACAUUAAACAGGAACUUUAUGAGAAUGUCAUCAAUAUCGAUAAAUAUUUUUGGUUUUUCUACCAAAUUAUGAAAUUCGCCUCCUUUGUUUCCAUGCAAUCACUUGCUCUAGCUCUUUCUCUGUUAUCCAUAUGAGUGUAAACAUCAAAAAUAACGUCGGAAAAGACUCGACUUUGUUGUUGUUUUUUUUCUCUCUAAAAGUCCAGGCAGCCAUGUGAUUUCCUGCCAAAUAAAACCUUGAGUUACAUUUGGGUUGCCAUCACCUGUUGAUUGAGUUAUUUUACAUUGGUGUGCCUGUGGUGUGGAUGAAUGGGUCGGUGGGCAAAAGUACGGUCACUUGACUGCCAAAAUUUCUCAGAUGCAUAGGUCACCAAAUUUUCUUACCCUUGGUGCUCUGCCGUGUAUGCUUCAUGCCCAUGAGAGCUCUGCUAAACAAAUGGUUGAGGAUUGGUUGAUUUGCGUAAAUAAAGUGUCCAUUGUUUAGUUAUGUUCACAUGGCACCAGAGGAAUUUUCAAACUUGCUGAUAAAUAUCACCAGACACUUCAUUCACAUUAUGCUCUCUCUUGACACAGAAGUUGAAUGGAAGGUAUUGAAAUUUUUGCACUGUUAGGGGUUUCUGUGUGAAUGGAACAAAUCUGCACAAAUUUUCAACACCCAGACAAAAAUUUAUCCAGUGCUGUGUGAACAUGUAUAUAAUCUCACUAUAGCUCAACUGCGGAAAGAUUUUCACAAAAAUUUUACACAAGUUAAGAGAAAGAGCGGAUCUGCAUGGAUCCCCUUUAACACUCCCAGGGGUUUCAAUGAGCACUGACGGCCGACGAAACGCGUUGGCUACUUUGCUCGUAGAGGUCAGCUGUCAUAAAAUCUAAAUGAAAACGUAAUUAUGAUGUGUUUUCCUAAAGGCCCACUCGUUUCACAUUAUGCCUUAGUCAUAUGAAGGCUAUAUUUCGGUCAUUUUUUCGCAAGUUUCUUUAUAGGUUUACGCAAAAUUUGUUUAUGUGCAAAAGUACGUAAUUUAGUUUUCACCAAUUUGUUCAUUGCUUGUAGGAAUUGAUUGUGUGACUGAUAUUGAUAAAUUGAAAGCUACAUUUUCUUGAAUGAAAACCAGGCUCUUUUGUCCUCAAUUGCAUUCCCCAGAAUGCUGAAAAUCACAUUUUAGGGCUUUUUUUUUUUAGAUUUCAAAAUUUUCAGGGUUAGAACGUGCCCAGACUGCCCCCUUCCCCCCAACCCCCCACACUGCUGGCUACUUAAAUAUUUAUUGAAACCUGUGCACUCCCUUGGGUAUGCCCCUUCAGGCUGCCCUCCCUGAAUCUCUGUUUAUGACUUUGCUCUGAAUUGAUUCCUCAUAAUUUUAUGGUUUACAAGGAAAUAUCAUGUUUUGUCGGGCCCGAAAAUUAUUAUAUAAGAGGAAAACGUGAGGUGGGUUUCUUUACUUAAAUUGAAAUGUGGAUUUUUUUUAAUCCAAAGAAGGAUAAUGCUUCAAUUUCCCCAGUAGAAUUGCAGAGACUCAAAAUUAGCCAAAAUGAAAUAUUUGCUGAGCUCUGUUUGUGGGUUUUGAAAUCAAAACCACGACAUUAAUAAUUUAUAUGAAGAUUCAUGACUACAACGUUGACUACGACAUUGUUUGUGCACAUAAUGGCGAAUUCAAAAUUCAAAACUUUAUCCUUGGUACCAUGCUCCCAACUUCUCCUCAUGCACUGGCAAAUCAUUAUGCAUGGUUCAGCUGUCGCAUAUAAAAUUUUAUUUGAUCAAAUAAUAUAUUUGUUAAUUGAUCCAAAUAGUAAAUAUGAUCCACAGCCGAGGUGGAGUUCUUAAUCCAAAACCGAAUACUUUAGAUACAUGAUUUGAGGUGCUUCUUUUAUUACUAUGGAUCCAAAAAGGGUGAAAAUUAUUCAGCCAGCUGUAACUAUUACUAUAUAGAAACAGUUUUGAUUUAUACAUCACUACUUUGUCUUUAUAAUUAUGACAGGUCAAAAUUAAAUUCAAGUUAAAAUUAUUUAACUUAGGUUGACUCCAAUGUCAUCUCCUAGCCCUAAUUCAUGCAUAAUUAGGGCUAGAAGACAAAGGGAAUUGGGAAUCAACCUAGGUUGAAAAAAUGUAACCUGAAUACGAUUUUAGCCAGUUACAUUACUAUGCUGCUCAUUUCAAACCUGAGGCAAUUUGUGUUAAAUGCAUCUAAAACUCGAUAAUACUUCAUAACUCAGUGGGUGUAAAACUGCAUGAUAGUACAAAACAAAGCCAAAAAAUUGUUAGUUAUGACAUCAUCCUAUGCAAAAUUUAUGGCACGGAGAGGGGUGCUUGUUUGAUAUGGCUUAGGUAGUGGGGCCACCAGAGUGUGGGGCCACUUUGUUGAGAAAAUUAUAGUUAUAAUAAUACUUUCUAUUUGAUUUAGGUUGCCAUUGUUGACCUCAAUGAAGAAAGAGGCAAGGAAGUAGAGAGAAUAUUCAGUGAAUCUUAUGGAACAGGGUGUGCAAGGUUCAUUAGAUGCGAUGUUUCCAUUGAGGAUGAAUUGAAAGGUUUUAUAUGAUGUUCUUACAAUUUAGUAAUAAAAUCAGUAUAGCACAUGUUUUAGGUGAUCAGUUCAGACACUAACAUGUGGAAAUUCCAUCAAGAAGGGGCCAACCUUUCACAAAGGUUAGUGUAAUUUAGAAGUCUGGCUGCUAUUGUUUUUGUACUCUAAAACAAUAGCCUCUCUUGUGAAUUACACUGUUAAAAGUUUCCUUGGUUUGACCCCCAAUUAUAAUUAUGUAAUAUAAGGUAACUUAAAGGUAAUCAGUUGAUGGUAUUAAACACUGGGAAAUUGACCCGGUGGUUAAUAUCCAGAUCUUUAAGCAAGUUUUCAGGACCGUUGCAGUUUCUUGAAACAUUUUAAUAUUUACUUAUUGCUACUUUUCCUUUCCCUUAAUGAAGGCUUAAUGGGAUGCUAGUGCAUGCUAGCAGUACAUUUCUUAACAUGCAUGUGCAGAGAGAACAGUUUAGAUAAAAAAAGGUGAAUAGAACUUCAACUUGACAGAAUUAAAUAAUAACUAAUAAUAACAAUAAUAAUAGUAAUAAAAAUAAUAAUAAUAAGUUGAUAUAAAUAAUUAUGACUUUGUCAUGUAAUAAUUUCCUUGCAUUCCACAUCGUGCAUGCUGAACUUUAUUAUUAUUAUUAUUAUUAUUAUUAUUAUUAUUAUUAUUUUUAUAGAGGCCUUCUCAAGAAUUCUCUCUUUGUGGGGAAGACUCGACAUUGUUUGCAACAAUGCAGCUGUUCUUGAUGAAGAUGAUUGGAAUAAAACUCUAAAUACAAACUUGGUAAGUUUAACUGUUCUUUUCAUAGCUACAUUUCCUUUGCAAAGCACAAACAGCAUACCCAUCAGCCGUGUCCCGUACUAUCUCCCUUUUCAGUCAGUCAAAUAACUGCAUGGUCGUCAACUUAUUAAAACUGAAUCUGCCACAGCCUAUUUUGAGACACUUUACUGAAGUAGUCAAGGCAAGAAAAAUUAAUAAACAUUUCCACUGUAAGCCAGUGACAACCUGUAGGAAGAGGCUGGGUGCAGAAUUGUCUAUGAACUAUUUGAAUUCCAUAAGGUUUCAGUAUACCAGUCUUCACUUUUUUUAACACUUUUCUUUUUACUCGUGAAUCCUAACUGAAAUCCUACAAAACCGACUUCAAAAAGAGGGCAUUAAUAGAUUGCUAGUCAGUGCUUGACUGCUUUCCUAAUUCAGAAAUCCAAGCACUAUUCAGAAAAGAACAGUGCACGCUAGGCUUGGUAGGACUCUGUAUCACGUAGUACGCAGAAAGGAAGGGAGAAACUCCUUGAAGAUGUCAGCUUUUUAGGUUACAGCAGCUAGACUUACAAGGUCUGGCCCAUUUUUUGCUGAUCCUGUUGUUACCAAACUUAUCAACCUAUUGUUGCGCAGGCAACCCAUUUUCCCUGAAGCUAAAAAUUCAUGUCUUGGUCAUUUUUAGCCUGAAUUUCAUAUGAUUACUUCGAGUCGUUAUUACUCCCUCAGUAACGUCUGAAUCGACCGGCCGUUAAUGCCGUGCAAUGACGUCACUUCUCCUGUGCUUUAAUUCUGUUCAUACAAAAAGUAAAACACGAUUUUCAAGUGGCAAACCAAGAAAUAUUGUUGUACAUAUCGUUAUAGCGGAGCUCUCGCGCGAAGCGCGCCAGCGGAGCACCAUGCGUGAGAAAAUGAAGUAAUCUACCCAUUCGAGAAAAUUUGGUAACCACGUGAACGUAAACCGAGCGUCCGAGCCACCGUCCGUCCGCACCACAGGCAUACCAAUGUAAAAUAACUCAAUCAACAGGUAUAGCAACCCGAAUGCAACUGGAGGUUAUUUUGGCGGGAAAUCCCAUAGCCACCGGCGUCCUUGUAAAGCAGAGACAACUAAAGAGUCAAUAAAGACGAAAACGGAAAGCGGAAAUUGUUUCUGUAUCCGUGUUGUCUAAAGUAUUUAGCUUAGAUUAAUAGUCAUGUCCGCAAAUUUGGAAUAUAGAGCAGGAGAAAGACAGAGAAAAAGAGAGAGUAGGCGGCAAGCUCAGCGAGAUAAAGGGCGACAGAGAUCUAGAGCGAGAGAUAGAAAAUAAAUGAGACAAUUUUUUGUUGAAAGAACAACAUGAAAAUUUUGUUGCGGCGGUGACAAAAUGAGAAAUGCUAGCCGCCACCAUUGCAAGGUGAAAAUAAGCAGCAGUGAAAAAAAGGGAACGAGAACAUGUAUGAUAUUCCCUCCAUAACACGUGUGACUAAGAAGUUUCUGGAAGUUUCAUUUUGUAGUCGUGCAAAACUACGGCAAAGAAAUGUACAAAAAAAGUGUGCUGCACGUGCAAAGUUGCUUUUUUUUGGCUAAUUAGACCUAUUGUUGUUUUUCACCGUUCUCCGGAAUUGCCUUCGCCGCUUAGCAUUGCACGAUUUUACAUUUUGUUUGAACAAACUAUAAAUAUUAUUGAGAGCUUCGCUUUUGGCCCUGGCUAAAUCUAUUUAGUAUAUACUAAAACAGUGGAUAGUGUUUUUCGGGCGCUCUGAUUGGCUACUUAAUCAGUGGAUAUCCUGCACUAUUCACUGAUUCACCUCCAGUUCCUCCGAGCGAGCGACGCCAAACUCGCGUAGGUUGCGAGGAAAAUGCUUUCCCGGUUUGCUGCCGUAACAAACUAAGAAAUUUCACAACUAAUCAAGCAAGCUAUUUCCGAAAUACAUGAAGAAGGUGACGAAGUUCGGUUUGGAAGUUUUAUCAGGUAAAGCUUUGUCUUUUUGACUUGAAUACUUAUCGAUAAAACCGGUGAAAAAGUUUUUCGUUUACAAAUGCAAAUUAAGCUUAACUCUUGCGUUACUUUAUUUAGUUGACUUGUUCAUAAAUAAGCUUAAAACUAAAUUUAAUAAUCUUUUUUACAGAAUUAUUUUAAAUACAAACAGAAUUCACAACUCCUUUUGAAGAAACUUCCCCGCAAGAGCUAAACAAACGCCUUCAAAAGUUUUAUUUGUCGCUAAGAAAAAGCGACGACCGCGGCCGUUCGGUCAUCGCGCGCCAAAAUUGUAAUCGUUGGCAACAGCAAAUGAGUUAAAAAUCAUCAUUUUGUGCUCAAUUAUCUCACUGUUUUAGUAUAUACUAAAACAAUUAUUCACCUCAGUGUCGGUGGCUAGUAGUGGUGAAUAAUUGUUAUAUAUUACAUGAUACAGAAUUGCUUUACUCUUCUCGAUCAUAGAAUUCAUGUUCAACGUUCAAACUAUUAACUACAUGCAGUACUCUGAACCCGUUGUAAUUCAAUAAUCAUACUCGGUCGCAAUCAUGCAAUGAAAUAAAUACACACACGGAACACUUAGUUAAAAAAGACAAGUAUUUGCUUUAAUUGAAAAGAGGCUAUUUGGUCCUUAACGAAGAAAAAGGAAAACAAGGAAACAAGGAAGAAAAGCUAACAGAAUCAUUACACUGGACAGUGAAAAUAGCAAAAUGGUCGAAUUAUAACUGUUGCAUUGAUCUCAUAAGACUUCGCAGAGGGCAGCAAAGGGGAGUUCAUGAUCCCGUUUCACGUACAAAUUUUGACAAAUUUCACGUAUCACGUGAGUUAUAAACCUAUUUUCACGAGUCAUGAAUGUCACCUGCUAAUCAAAGGGGUUAAAAACCAAAGACAGUCAUCAUGGACCCCAAUUCGCAUUUUAUUUGACGAUCAGAAUGUCGGUGGGGCGAUCUUAAAGGGCGUUAACGAGCAGUCGUGCAUGCGUUCAAAUUGAAAACACGUUAACGCCCCCGAUGUGACUUUUUUUUUCUUUUAACAAGCUAACGACUGAAGCCUCUGUGGCAAGCGCAGGUUAGUUUUUUGGUUAGUUUUACUCCUUUUCUCCCUUCGAGCGCGCGUGUGCCCUAGAAAUUUCUCCCUUCGCCCUAACAAAACUGGUGCCUUCUGUGCAAGCUACAGCGAGUGUGACCUCCGAGGCCUUUCGUUAGGGUAAUUCACUCGUUUUAACACGAAAACGAAGCAACACGAGGAUUGCCGAAGUGGACAAUACUUAAUCCCAAAGGUCACUGUUAGGGUCUGGUCUUUAGGUAGUAUUUAUCAACCAUGACAAACGUAACGCAAAUAUUAAAACCAACGGCCCUGUUCAAUUUAUCUGUCCUAUAUCAUUGAUUUCUACGAAAUGCGACAAAUUAUUCACGAGUCCCGCACAUAUUAUAAGAUUUAUACUACUACAUCAGAAAUUUCUGCAAUUUGAUUGGCUUAGAGCAGUGGUAUUUCAGCUUAAUUUGAAAUAUCUACAUGUGAAAAUCACAAACCUUUUGUGGGUAGUAGUAUAAACAAAUAAUAGCACGAUUUGUACGUGAUAUUUGGCAUAAAUACCACUUGUGAUAUUUCAAAAUUGUCUCAAAUUACGUACAACAAUUUCGAAAUAUCACUCGUGGUAUUUAUGACAAAUAUCACUACAAAUCAUGCUAUUACCUAUACAAAUCACACUUCACAUGCAUAACUGGUUUCACGGAUCACGUUCUUUUUUGGGAACUUUCUCGCACCACUCUCUCUGCCGACUCUCUUCGCAUAAACAAAAUCACCGCGGAAACCACAAAGCGGUUCUAAAUGAAAAACCUACCGACUCUCCGCAACGAUCUCAUUCGCAGUUCAAUUUAGCGAUUCAGUUUCGAAGACAAGGGCAAUUUUUCUGUUUACGAUAUUAAAAGGUUAUCGAAAUGUUUGAACUCCUCGCAAGAAUGCCAGGGAUGCGAUCCGCUGGAUAUCAACGACAAUCGCGCUAAAAUGUAUCAUAAUUAUGCGAACGUUUAGACAAUUAACCAAUCAAAAUCACUACCCGGUUUUCGGGUAGUGAUGUCACUGGACGGCAUUAACGGCCGGUCGCCUCAGACGUUGCUGAGAGGAGAAAACGACUCGAAGCAAUCGGAUGAAAUUCAGGCUAGGUCAUUUUAGGCGUUACCACAUUUGUAUACAAAACGAUCUGGAGGGUUCUCUAGAAGCACCAGCGAACUCCAAAAAUCACUAUCUAUAUAGACAUAUAAAAUUCUGCAGGCAGAAUACUACAAUGCUGAUCGUACUACGUGGAAAUUAACUCUGCAAGAAAUCAACACGACACCGAAAGAACUCAAAACAGAGCGGGAUUGUAGCCAUAGACAGCUGUUUCGCCCUCGUUGGGGCUCGUCAGUAUGGCGUAACAACCAGAAAGCUCUGGUGCAAAAUAUCCGCGCACUAUGAUUUAAGCUCUGACCCAGAACUCUCAACACCCACAGAAUCACGCCAUACCACGUGUUUUCUGGGGGGCAAGAUUCCAAGUGCCAAGUUGAUGUCUCGCAGAGAAAAUAAAUAGUUGGCCAAAACCAACCUUAAACACAUGGACAAAACCAUGCAAAAAUUAUGGCAUAUCGGAUCUAUAAAAGAUCUACGGCCCCAGAAUACACAAAGUACAAACAUUAACCACAAAGGACUGCAAAGGACCGCAAACGAAUAUGCCGGAGAACGUAGGAUCUAUAAAGACCUGAUCAGCAAAAAUGAAAAGUAGACAUAUAAAAUUCUGCAGGCAGAAUACUGCAAUGCUGAUCGUACAGAAUUUUAUAUGUCUACUUUUCAUUUUUGCUGAUCAGGUCUUUAUAGAUCCUACGUUCUCCGGCAUAUUCGUUUGCGGUCCUUUGCAGUCCUUUGUGGUUAAUGUUUGUACUAUCUAUAUAGUCAUCACGGAAAGGGCCAACUACUCACAGAAAACAUUAUUUUAAAGGAGAAUAAAAAAUCGACUGUGUGUUGUAUAAUUCAUUUGUUUCUCGACACUUUGUUUGAUGAAAAGAGAUGCUUAAUACAAAAUAAAGCAAAAUUGAUGUGGGUCCAAAAAGGCGGCAUCCCCAUGGCUAAACUUCUUUCCUUGGUCGCUUGAAGUUCACUAAAAUAAAAGUUUUAGGGGCCCCCACAUUAAAAAUUACCCCGGGGGUAUCCCUAGAUUCCUCCAAUGGAAAGGGGGUGACCCUUUCUUGCAUAUCUACCCCUACAUGUGCAUGAAUGCCUUUCAAUCUUAUCAGAUGGGACCCUGAUCGUAUCUAUCGCUUGACUCCUGGUGCGGGCUUACAAGUUGCCUACCGAACAUCAGUUUAACUGUCACCAACACUCUUGUGCUGUUCAUGCUGUUUACGGUAAUUAACUGGGACCAGUUGCAAAAAGCCUGAAGUAUACCUGCCAACUUUUCCCAAGUAAAAUGCGACUGAUUUUCAUAUCCAUGUUUAACCGACUUUCUGAAAAAGCCUGACAGCUUUGGAACAGUUCCGAAGACAUUCUGACGUCUUCGGAACAUUACCGAAGAUGUUCCGAUGAUUUUCGAAGGUCACCGAAUGCAGUGCUGAGAAGCGUCAAAUCUUGGCGCCAUCUCGCCCAGGAUCACGCAUUAUGAUUAUCUUAAUCUCUUAAUAUCGAGAUAAGGUAUCGUGAGACGUUAAUUAGGACUCAAACGUGACAUGUAGGGCCGUCACUAGGCAAUGUUGGGUGGUGAUUGAAUUCAUUUUUUCACGUUUAAGGUCACUGAACAAGUAGUCCACAAAUAUGAGUCUGCUUAAGUUUGGAGUUUAAAUAAGGGGUUUGACUGAGCUGAAUGUUACGUUUUCUGCAACUCGCCUCAGCAAGGUUGUUACUCCAGGUUGGAGUCGUAUUUAACUGAUGUUUGUCUCUUUUUGUUGGAAAAAAAUAUUUAGGGUGGUGCCAUUCAUGGGACUCUCCUUGGUCUGGAACACAUGAAGAGUGGAUGUGUCAUAAUAAACACAUCAUCAACUGCAGGUACAGAUCAGUGUAGAACCAAAAGAAAGGUUUCAUAUAUACUGUUACAGUGGAACCUGUAUAAGCUCGGUAUUAAGUUACCCCCCGCUUAAAUUAAGGGGGCAGUUUUCACGUUUUCAAGUUGGUCUUUCUUUGUUGAGAUUUUUCCUGUGUUCGUCUUUGUUAGUUUACCGCGCGUUGGCCGGAGAACUACAAAUUCAAGUCUUAGAAAUACAGUGAAUGUACUCUACUUUUUUAAUUUAGUGAACUAGACUACAAUAAUUUAUGCUACCUGUACUAUUUCAUAAUGUCACGUUUAUUCCACCGUUACAGUUUCAAGCCAGCAACUUUGUUGAAAAUUUAGUUAUAUCAACAUUCACUUCACUGAUAAGCGAUUGGUGAGCAUGCUUGUCGAGCCCUCGGCCUGAUGAUAUUGUCAAGUCGUAAUAUGUGCAAGUUUACAGCUUUAAGUGCCGUUUCUCUUUUCGCAUUCAAGUCAGGUUUUAAAAACGUUUGUAAGAAAUGCAAUAAGAACCACCAGCUUACCAAACAAUUCGAAUUCUAAGGCGUGGGGCUUGUAAUUGAGUUAACAAGUCGGUCGAGAAACGAUCCCCUGGAUCAUUUUUUAGUCAAUGGAUACUGGCCACAAAUAAUUACAAUAAAGAAAAACACUAACGAAUAGCGAAAUUAUCAGUACAUUUAACUAUUAUGUCAUAUCUUGAUCUUUAGUUCAUGACUUUGUUGCUUUGAUAGGCCUUUCGGCGUGGAAACUUGCUCCUGUGUACUGUGCCACAAAGCACGGGAUUGUAGCCUUUACUAGAAGUAUUGCAAAUGUGAGUAUU